GAGAACCUGUCAACCUGGAAAGUUGAACGGGCAAAUUUCAGGUAAGUUUUUGACGAUUUUUUUACUGUAUAAUAGUCAGUUUCAAAAGAUAACUUCUUUCGUUCGCAACAUGGGAUGCUUCAUUCAACACUCUCCAAAAACGUGAGAUGUAUAUUCUGAGAUUAUCACUGUUGGUUUACUGAACAAGUAAACUAGUCUUUUCAUUUUGCUUCUUAUAUAUUCAAGACAAUUGACACUUCACCUUACUGAAAUCACUGUCAUAAUUCAUUUUUUCUUUUUUAGUUUGUUUAAAAACCAUUUCACUACUUGCUCUCAUUUUUUUUUUAAUCCUUCCGCUGAUAACUACAUGUAAUUCUUGAAUUACCUUCUUAUCAAUUAUUGGCUGUUACUCGAUUUAAUGAUGUUAAAAGUCCUAUAACAUUUGAGGUUGAAAUUCCUAUAAUAUUUGAUGUUUGUCUAUUAUAACACGUUUUUCGAAAACAUAACUAUGCUUUGUGGAUAUGAUUCUUUCAACCACCUGAGACAGUUCUUAGAUGUGCCCAAAUUCAAUAUUCUAGAGUAUAGGCAGGUGAUAUUCAACGGUGUAAUUUAUAUUGCUUAGUUGGCACAAAAAGAUAUUUGCUAGAUGUUUUUCGAUCUGAGUUAGGUAAUCUAAUCAGUUCUGUAGUUGUUAUUUAGUAUCAGCUGCAGAAACCAUAGACUGGAUGAGGCUUGGAUUAGUGAUAUCUAGAUAGUUAAUAUGCAAAAUGCUAGCUCACCAAAUUUUAACAAGGUCUUGUUAAAGUAGAUUACAUAUCAGCUGAUAGUAGUUGAAAGUGUUUUCGUUAGUUAAUGCACAGAGAGCAGCUAUAAUGGAUGUGGGAGUUGUCAAGAUAGCAGAGGAUAGAGAUUUUGAAAAAUUGAAGCAGCUCUAUGACGAUAACAAUGAAUGGAAGCUGGAUUACAACAAGCCUGAUCUCUCAGUCUGGACUAAAAGUGUCUCUGGGACUAGUUUUAAAAUGGUUAAAAUUAAGACAAGAUUUCCUGAUGUUUUACCAGAAACUUUAUAUGACGUCCUCCAUGAUCCUGAAUAUAGAAAAGUUUGGGAUAAUCACAUGAUAGAGUCCAAGGACAUUGGCUUCUUUAAUCCUAACAAUGACAUUGGAUACUAUUCAAUGGCAUGUCCAGCACCUUUGAAAAACAGAGAUUUUGUUUUGCAUCGUUCCUGGUUGGAUGUUGGCCAUGAACAGCUUAUCAUCAAUCAUUCUGUCUUUCACAAAGACUAUCCACCUAAUAAGAAUUACGUCCGAGCAACAUCCUAUCUCACUGGCUACAUUGUGAGGCAGUCUCUUAAUGGAGAUGGUUGUGAACUUGGAUAUGUAUCACAUACAGAUCCACAUGGAAAAUUACCUGUAUGGUUAGUCAACAAAGUCACCCAAAUAUUUGCACCAAAGAUGGUGAAAAAAUUACAUAAGGCUGCUGUAGGCUAUCCAGGUUGGAAAUCCAGCCACAAAGCCAACCACAAGCCUUGGCAUUUUCCAGAGCAAAUAACUGCACCACGGAUACGAGUUGAAGACUGUGUGAAAUCGAUAGAAGAGAAGAAUUCUAAAAACAAUUUUGUAGAUGAGUCAGAACUUAAAGAAGCACCCAGUAAAGAAUUGACCAUCAUGGACAGUGAUUAAUGGUUUAUCACUUUGGCGUAGGAUUUGUACAUGUUGGAUGCUAGGAUCAUGUAGUCUAGUCGAUUAUAUAAAGUAUUAUAAUCCAUAACAGGAUAUGAUCAAGUUGGAUGAUGCAUUGGUGAAAUUUGUGCUAUUUAUUGAGUCAUCUGUCAGCAAAAUAAUAUCAAAAGAGUUCAAAAACGUAUUAAAAUCUUAAUGCUAUACAUGGCCUUUUAAUAAUUCCGUAUCAAGCAGUUCUUAAAUUGUUGUUAUCAAAUUUUCUCAUAAAUUUUUAUAAGACAAGAAGGAAAAAGCUUCCAACUAGCAUAUUUUUUAUGUACCGCAACAGAGAUAGAAAUUCUGAAUGAAUUUGUAGUUUACGAAUAGCCCCAAGAAAGCGGUAGAGUUGAAUUAAUCUAUAGCAUUAUUUCAUAUUCGCAUGAAAUUUUGAGAUACAUAUUUUACAAUGUGUAAAUACUCAUUGCAGAUUAUACACAUACUUGAUUGCUUGCAAAUCUGAUUCGUCUUAUCGAUUAAAUGUACUAAAUGUAUGUAAGAUAACAGCGAAUCGUACUUCUAAUUUGCAUUUAAAAAUUACCGAAGAUACUAGAGUUAUAUUAUCACAGCGUCAUUUUUUACUAUUCAAAUUAAAUGGUACGCGGUUUCCAAAGUUGAGUGAAAAAAUUAUAUUCGAUUAUUCACACAUAGAGAUCCUAAAUGAAUAUGAACAUGUUACACGAUCAUUCCAAAGUUUCUGAACAUUGGAAAACCGCACCAUUUGUUGAAUUACAAAAUAUCGUCGAGGGUUUUCCAUGAAGGAGUUUAUUGUAUGCACAUAUACAAUUUUUUCUAGAUUGUACAUAUAAAAAGACUACCGGCAAGUUGAUGAGUGAAACUGGUGGAGCUUAGUGUUUCACUAAUAAAAGUUCCUCCACAUGUGUAAGAGUAGGCUCAAUUUCGACUUAUUCUCUUCACAUUUUAUGGUAUACAAAUCUUACUAUGGCACUAACAAUAUUCUAACAUUUUUUAAUAUUUUGAGGCACAAAAUAAUUGUUAAUAGAGUGACUAUUAUUGAACUACUGUAACGUAGAUCAAAAGAUAAAAAAAUAUGAUGUCUCAAAUUUUAGUUCCAUGUUUUUUUUUUCAACAACGCAACAAAUACUUUGUAAGCCUAAUGUCCCACCUGCCAUUGCCCGAUAUAAUCUAGUCAACCAUGUUCAAAGAGAAUGAUAGUUUGCCGUUAGAUAUAAGAUUGAAGGACUAUAAUAAUUGUUGAAAAUAUUUUUGUGAUCUGUGCUGACGGGUUGUAAGGAUAGCUGUAAAACAAAGAAUGUCCCUAUUCCCCAGCAUUCAGGAGAAAUAUUAGGCGUUCUAUUUCUGUCCGUACUGACAAUGACUUUAAUUAUGGAUAACUAAAAUUAAGAAUAAAAAAUGGGAAGUAUUCUAGUUCCUGGAAAGGUCCUGGUAGCUAUCAAAUUUUAAUCAGGUUAUACAUAGAUAAGAUAGAGUAACAGUCUGUUUAAUUCGAGCAUGAUAUGGCUCCUGUAUAGUUGAUUUGGUACUUCAUAAUUAUAGAGAGAUAGAACAUUACUUGUGACUAAAUAAUAAACAUCCUUUGAUCAGUUAA